AGCCAUCAAGCGCCGUCUACCUUCGUCUUCACGCGGAACCAAGAGUCAUCCUGGACUGGAGAGUGAGAGAGAGAAAGAGAGCCCGAUGGAGAGAGAGAGCCGCCUAUAAAUGAAAGUCUGAAGGUCACCGCUCUCCAGUCUUCAACAGUCAUGUGGUUCAACAACAACAGUCCGACAACAACAACAGCAGUUCUACUGCUGUUUGUGAUUGGUGCAGUGGUAGCACAGUCACGAACUCCAGGUAAACGACCGUCGUCGUCGAGGGAGGCAGCCAAGCGACCACCUCCGCAGUCGUCAUCGGCCGAGUCGUCCGGGGGAGCCGGGGGUGAUCUGACCGACGAAUGUCCCGAGCCGAACGGCUACUUCGCCGACGGCUACCAGUGCGAUAAGUACUACGAGUGUCGCGACGGCGCAAUCACCGAGAAGCUCUGUCCUGACGGAAUGGUCUUCAACGACUACAGCAUCAAUCACGAGAAGUGUGACCUGCCCUUCAACAUUGACUGCUCGCAGCGAUCCGAAUUGCAGAAACCCAAACCAGCUCUCCACUGUCCAAGACAAAACGGAUACUUUGCACAUGAGGAGGUGAACGUAUGCGACAAAUUCUAUUACUGUGUGGACGGCAAGUUCAACCAGAUCGUGUGCCCCGAUGGCCUCGUCUACAACGAGAAGACUGGCAUCUGCACCUGGCCCGACGAGGCUAAGAAGAAGGGAUGCUCUUCACAGGAAGUCUUCAAGUUCACGUGCCCGGCAGUGGGCAUGAGUGAGGCCCAGCAACAUCCGCGCUACGCCGACCCCGAAGACUGUCAGUACUUCUACGUGUGCAUCAACGGAGAGACGCCGCGUCGCAACGGCUGCAAGCGGGGACAGGUCUUCAACGACGCCACCAAGAACUGCGACUGGCCCAGGAAUGUGCCCGAAUGUGGAGAUUGGUACAAGGGAAUACUGACCGACGCAGAGCUGGAAGAAUUGGAACACCCCAAACCAAAGCAAAGACCUGACAGCCAAGCAGCCACAGCCAAUCGCAGGAAGCAGAGCAACAAGUACCGCCCCCAUCAGAGCAGUAGAGAGGCUCCCGUUGACGAUCUAGAGUGAAAUCAAACAAAAUUCAAAAAACCCCAUUUGCAAGCUUCGAAGAAAUGAUGCAUCAGUGACUGAUAAUUAUCGAAAUUUUGUAAAUAAACUCACCCCAACUUGACAAAGAACUGAAUACCUUGUGUAAAGUGUAUGAUACAAGUUAAAUUAUUAUAAAAAACGUAAUUAUUGUUUGUGCAGCAUCCGUGUCAAUUCGUUUAACAUUUAUGAGAGAUGAAUGAAAUAUUCACAAGCUCAACAAUUAGAAUAUUUUUAAUAGAAGGAUAAUAAAAGUUUUGAUAUUGUUUUCAUUAGAAUAUUGAGCUUUGAGAAUGAAUGAAGCUAGUCUAAGUGUUGUUUGUAUUCAUGAAUGUAUGCAGUGUAAUCAAGUUUUACUAGGAGUCAAAAUCAAACACAACACUCAUUUUGUCUAAGCGUAUAAUUGUAAUUCUCUGUUAAUUCCUCCAAUAGAGAAAAUAUUUCAUUUUUUAUUAAUACCUUAUGACCUGUAAACACUCGUAAAGUUCAAUGAAAGUGAAUCCUAUAUUGCAACUUCUAUUGUAGGAGCUCAGUAUAAUAACAUGUUUGAAAGAUUCUGUGAGGAUUUCCAGUUUCCUAUAAGUUAUCUAGAGUUUUAAAGUUUUAUGUCUGAGUUAAGAGAACGCAUUACUUUGUAGAUAUUGUUCUGAGUGUCAUCGAGAUUUGUAAAUAUAAAUUAGUAACGAAUAAAUUUGUUUGUUACAUCAA